AUGGGUUUUCUUCCAUGUCCAUGCACAUUGUUCACCCAUUCAUCAAAUGAUCACCAACAAGAUCAAUUACCAGAUCUUCAAGAAAUCCACUACGAUUCUAAAUCUCUUUCUUCACAACCAAGUUUACCCUCAGUUGCUUCUUUAACUUCAAAUUUACAACCACCGUCAACCACCGCCAACCACCACUACAUCACCACCUUCAAAGGACACACAUCUUCUGUGCUCUCCCUUGCCCUCACCGAAAGACACCUCUUCUCCGGUUCCUACGAUACCCAAAUAUGUAUCUGGCCUCGAGACCCAUCUUCGCCACCGCUGCCCCCUCUUUCCCAUGGCGGAACCGCCGUGAAAGCCAUGGUGGUUCACGGCGACAAGAUAUUCACCGGCCACCAGGACCAUAAGAUUCGGGUUUGGAAACUAGACGAAAAAGAGAAAACGGUCAAGCACGUGGCUACUAUACCGACGCUCCACGACCGUCUGAUGAAGAUGGUGUUAGCUAAAAACUAUGUUAAAAUACGGCGGCAUCGGCGGCGUACGUGGGUGCAUCACGUGGACGCCAUUUCGGCGUUGGCGUUAUCGAAAGACGGUUCUUUGAUUUACUCGGGUUCAUGGGACCGGACUUUUAAGGUGUGGCGGACGUCCGACUACAAGUGUUUGGAGUCAGUUUGGAACGCACACGAUGACGCCAUUAACGCCGUCGUUGUGUCCCAUGAUGGGUACGUUUACACCGGCUCCGCCGACCGGAAAAUCAAGGUGUGGCGGAGACAAGGGGGCGAGAAGAAGCAUGAAGUGGUGGACACUUUGGAGAAACACAAAUCAUCGGUGAAUGCUUUGGCGUUAAGCACCGACGGGUCGGUUUUAUAUUCCGGUGCUUGCGAUCGGUCGAUAAUAGUGUGGGAAAAGGCGGAGGGGGGCGGAUGUGAUGGGCGGCACAUGGUGGUCGCCGGUGCACUUAGGGGGCAUAGUAAGGCGAUUUUGUGUAUGGGUGUGGUGGCAGAUGUGGUGUUUAGUGGAUCCGCGGAUAAUACAAUUAGAGCAUGGAGGAGGGGUAUAAAUGGAAAAAGUUAUUGGUGUUUAGGGGUAAUGGAAGGGCAUAAAGGUCCAAUAAAAUGUUUGGUUGCUGCAUUGGAGGAUUGUACUCCUGCUGCUAUUCAUGGUGGUACAUCUUAUGUCGUAUAUGGUGGGAGUUUGGAUAGUGAAAUAAAGAUGUGGAAAUUAUGGGUACCCUUUCUUUGAAUUUUAGU